CUUUUAUGUAGAAAUACAAUAAACAAAAUUCUGUAACAAAAUGCAAGAGAAGAGUAAAAUAAAAGUUGCAUAUAAUGCCAUCGUUUGCUGGUUCAUAAUAAGCAAUCUUCCGGAUUCCACGUCAGCACGCUGUCUACGACCCAUUGAUUGCCAAGAUAUUAUGUGGUCGGGUCGUAAUACAAGCGGUGUCUACACGAUUUAUCCACAAGGAACAGGUGGAUUCAAAGUGUACUGUGACAUGACCACGGCUGGGGGUGGAUGGACGGUUUUUCAAAGACGAAUGAACGGAAUUGUUGGAUUUAACAGAUCCUGGCGAGAGUACCAGUAUGGAUUUGGCAAUUUUAAAGGAGAACACUGGAUCGGAAACCAACGAAUUCAUCAGUUGACAUCUCAGGGUUGGUAUGAACUUAGAGUGGAUAUGUCUGACUUCAGUAAUAAAAGCCGAUUUGCACACUACCGAAUUUUCUCUGUUGGAAACAAAAAUUCCGGCUAUCGACUGUCGGUUGGAGAAUACGAGGGAAAUGCAGGAGAUUCUUUGGCAUCCCACAGCGGCAAUUCAUUUUACGCCAAAGAUCGAGAUAUCAAUAACUGUUCCUAUAACUACAAAGGAGGUUGGUGGUACAACAACUGUCAUUACUCUAACCUCAAUGGAUUGUAUUUGAUCAGUACACACUCAUCAUAUGCUAACGGAGUAAACUGCGUAUAUAAGGCAAACCAUAGCAUCAGUAUGAACAGACUUAAUCCAGAUGCUAGUACUUUUAAAGUUGUGUAUGCAAUCAUCGUUUGCUGCUUUAUAACCACUGUACUGCUGCCCAAAGCAUCAUGCUGUUCCCUGCCAACUGACUGUCAAGAUAUCCUGCGGUCCGGAAGUCUUACAAGCGGUGUCUACACGAUUUAUCCACCAGGAACAGGGGGGUUUAAGGUGUAUUGUGACAUGACCACGGCUGGGGGCGGAUGGACGGUUUUUCAAAGACGAAUAACUGGGGAUGUUGGAUUUAACAGACUUUGGAAAGAUUACCAGUAUGGAUUUGGUGACACUGAUGGAGACCACUGGAUUGGAAACCAAAGAAUUCAUCAGUUGACAUCUAAGGGAUGGUAUGAGCUUAGAGUGGACAUGUCUGACUUCAAAAAUGAAAGUCGAUUUGCUUACUACCGUACUUUCUUUGUUGGAAACAAAGACUCUGGUUAUAAGCUGAAAGUUGAAGAAUACGAAGGAAAUGCAGGAGAUUCGAUGGCUAUCCACAACGGUAGUAAAUUUUAUGCAAAAGAUCGAGAUAUCAAUGAGUGCGCCUCUAAGUAUAAAGGAGGUUGGUGGUAUAAACACUGUCAUGAUGCCAACCUCAAUGGACUCUACCUGAAAGGUAACCAUUCGUCAUACGCUAAUGGGAUGAACUGGUUUGAUUGGCAUGGAUAUCAUUACUCACUCAAAACAACAGAAAUGAAGAUCAGAAGACAGUAGA